AUGCUUCAACUAAAAGAAAUGUCUAAAACAGCUGUUUUAAUGCUCAAUUUAGGAGGUCCAAAUAAUAUCUCUGAAGUUACUCCGUUUCUACAUCGAUUUUUUUGCGAUACAACAGUAAUAAGAAUUCCAUUUGGAUUAGGUCCAUACAUUGGAAAAUUAAGAGGUCCUGCAAAAGUGACCAAAUAAUAUCAAAAAAUAGGAGGAAAGAGCCCUAUAAAAGAUUGGACAAUAAAACAAGGUGAGAAAAUGAUAAAACAUUUGGAUAUAAUCUCACCAUAAACAGGUCCUCAUAUUUAUUUCCCAGCAUUUAGAUAUGGAUUGCCUUUAUACCAUGAUUAAAUAGAUGAAUGCAUAAACAACUAUUCAGAAGUAGAAAGAAUAGUAUUGUUUUCAUAAUUCCCUUAAUAUUCAUGUACAACAGCUGGAAAUGCUAUAAGAUAUGCUUUAAAGCAUAUGUAAGAAAAUCACAGUAGUCAUAAUAAGAAAAUUCAUAUAAUUGAUAGAUGGUUUGAUAACGAGUAUUACAUAAAAUCAAUUACAAAUAUUUUAAAAUAAGAUUUAGAAACCAAUUUUGAUGAAAAACAAAGAGAAAAAGUUUUAAUUUUAUUCACAGCCCAUUCAUUACCACUCGAUUUUAUUUAAUAAGGUGAUGUUUAUCCUUUCGAGAUUGCAAGCACAGCUGAAAAAGUAAUAAAAGAAGGAGGAUUUAAAAACUCUUAUAGGGUCAGUUGGUAAAGUAAGGUUGGACUAAAGUAAUGGCUUGCUCCUUCUACAAUAAAUGCACUUCAAUAAUAUUCGAAUAAGGGUUGGGAAUAUAUAAUUAUUGUUCCUCUUGGAUUUACAAGUGAUCAUUUAGAAACUCUUUAUGAAAUAGAUCAUGAAAUAAUUGAAGAGUUUGGAUCUAAGCUUAAAUAUAAGAAAAUUGCUAGGUCUAGAAGUUUAAAUGAUGACGAUACCUUUUGUUAAGGAUUAGCUCAUAUUGUUGCCGCUAACUUAAAAGAUGACAGCUAUAGAUCACCUAAUCUAAAUUUAAGAUGUCCUGAUUAUAAUUUAAAUUUUUGUACAGAACAAAAUGGAGUUUAAAUAUUAAAUUGUACAUCUUUUUCACAGUAGUGUAUUCCUUAGAAUUUAUUGAACUAACAUAAAAAUAGUAUAUGGUUAUCCGAAGAAGGACUCCCUUAAAGCUUUAUUUUAGAUCUUAAAAAUAUACAAUAAAGACCUCGCUUUUUCAAAUCUAUAGGUUUUUAUUGUUGGCAUGAUUAUUCAACAAAUCCUGCAGUUAUUGAAAUUUCUGUAUCUCUUGAAGGCACAAAAUUUAUUACUUGGGUUAUUAUUAGAGCGGAAUUAAAAGCAGGUAUUUAAUUAUUUAGUAUUGAUCCAUUAGGAAAAAGAUAUAAUUAUAUAAAGUUUACUGUGAAAGAAACUUUUGGAGGAACUAGUGCUUAAUGUAAUGGCCGUUACAUACUACUAAUAAUAUGGUAAAUUCUUUAAGUGGAUAAAAAUAAUCUUAAGUAUUAUAAUAAUAAUAAUAUUCACAAAGUGAAAGAGUUAGUCAAAACAAAUAUGGUUAAAUGA